AGGCCGCCGCCGCCACCUUUGAUAGGGGAGCGCGCACUUCCUGAAGUGGAGCCGCUGGCAGAGCAAAGAGAGCAUCUCAGUCCUGAGAUCCGUCCCCUCCAUCGUAGUGAAGGGUCUGGGCUGUCGCUAUCUUUGAUGUGGGCGUAAAAACUUCUAAUAACGGAAACGGAGCGGGAUAGAGUCUGGAGGCCGCCAUCUUUGAUUCGGGCGCACGCACUUCCGGCCGGCUGGAAGAAGAGGGACCACUUCCCCGAUCGAAGUGGACGUCUUCGUCCUUCUGUCCCGGAGCGCGGGGUUGGUCUCUGCGUGACUCAUGCGCUGCCCCGCGGGGCCGGCAUGGCGGAAGAGAGCAUCGAGGGCGCCGUGCACCUGCUCUGCCUCGCCGCCUCCAGCGGAGUACCCCUGUUCUGCAGGAGCAGCCGCGGGGGCACCCCCUCCCGUCAGCAGCUGCCCUUCUCCAUCAUCGGCUCCCUCAAUGGCGUGCACAUGUUCGGCGCGAACCUGGACGUGACGCUGCGCUCGGCGCGCACCGAGGACACUACGGUGGUAUGGAAGACUUUCCACGACAGCAUCAGCCUCAUCGUGCUGUCUUCGGAGCAGGGGUCCCCAGAGCUCAGACUGGAGCGGCUGCUGGAGCUGGUGUUUGGGGCCAUGGUCCUGCUGGUUGGACUGGAAGAGCUGACCAAAAUCCGCAACGUGGAGAGGCUGAAGAAGGACCUGAGGGCCACCUACAGCCUCAUCGACAGCCUGCUGCUGGACUCUGAGCUCGUAGGGGACCUGACCCAGUGUGUGGACUGCAUCGCCCCUCCCGAUGGGGCCCUGCUGCAGGAAGCCCUGGCGGGCAUCGCCGAGGAGGUGGGCAGCGUCUUUGCCAGUCUGGUGGCCAGGGGCCGGGUAGUAGCGGCUACCCAGGGCUGGUGGCGCCUUGGGGCACCAGAGUCAGUGCUGCUGCCCUGGCUGGUGGGCGCACUCCCACUCCAGGCAGCCCGUGACUACCCUGUCUAUCUGCCCCACGGGAGCCCUACGGUGCCUCACCGGCUCCUGACACUCAUGCUGCUGCCAGGCCUGGACCUCUGUAUGCUGUGUGGCCCUCAGCCCCCUCUGAGCCAAGUGGAGCCUCAGGUCCUGGAGCGCUGGUGGCAGCCGGUGCUGGAGCCUCUCAGAGCCUGCUUGGCCCUGGCACCCAGGGGGCUUCCUGCAGGCUUCCCCGUGCACCCUGACAUUCUGGGCAGACUCCUCCUCCUGCACCUGGAGCAGAGACGUGGCCUCUUCACUGUGGAACUCGGUGGGGUGGAAGGCCCUUCCCCCAGGAGCCGGCGGCGCCUCCUGCGCUCUUUCUACGUGCUGGUCACUGGCACCCACUUCCCCCCAGAGGCGGGAUCAUCAGAGGAGAAGGCCGAGGAGCAGGGGGGCCCCUCAGAGGUUCCCCGAGCCUGCUACGUGGUGUCUGGGGCGACCGCUGAAUGCCUGGGGGGCCGGGACGACCCUGGGGCUGGGCUCCGGUUGGUGGCCGUGCAGGCGGGGCCCCGACGGCUCCUGCUGCUGGUGAGUCCCCGGAGCCCGGUCCACGGCCUACGGGGCCUGGCCACCCGGACCCUGCACGCCCUCACCCCAAUCCUCUAGGCCCCCAAUAAAGCGCCACCGCCAGCACA